GUGAUGUUGCUGAGAAACCCAUCACCUCCCGACCGACCAGACUCGACUCUUGGGCAUUCUUCACCCCAAAUCUUCAAAAUGGUGGCCGGAAAGCGAAAGCGCGAUCAAGGCGACGAGCCCCCCAAGUCAACUGAGGUUGUUAAGUCCGACACAGCCAAGAAAUCCGCCGAACCCGAGGAAGAGACUUCCUUCGUUGAUCUCGGCUUGGAUCCCCGAUUGCUGCAGGCCAUUGCCCAGCAGAAGUUCGCCAAACCGACCCUCGUCCAGCGCAAGGCCAUUCCGCUCGCACUCAACGGCCAGGAUGUGCUAGCCAAGGCCGACUGUGGCUCGGGCAAGACGGCUGCCUAUGUCCUUCCUCUGCUGUCCAGCAUUCUCAAGCGCAAGACCACCGACUCCUCCGCUUUCACGGCCGCCCUCAUCCUCGUCCCUACCCGCGAGCUUGCCGACCAGGUCUUCAAGGCCAUCGAACAAUUCUCCUCUUUUUGCGCAAAGGACAUCCGAACCGCAAAGUUGACCGACAAGGUCUCCAGCGCCGUCCAGCGAGCUCUCCUCUCCAACUCUCCCGAUAUUGUCAUCUCGACUCCUGCCACGGCAUGGCACAACCUCAACUCCUCUGCCCUCUCACUCGAGAAGCUGACGCAUCUGGUGUUGGAUGAGGCCGACCUGGUCCUGUCAUAUGGUUACAAUGAGGAUCUGGAGAACCUCUCCCGGUCGAUCCCCAAGGGCGUCCAAGUGAUGAUGAUGAGCGCGACAUUGACAGACGAGGUGGACACACUAAAGGGCAUCUUCCGUCGGGACCCGACUCUGCUGGAUCUUAAAGAGAAGGAGGCUGAGGGCGAGGGUAUCACUCAGUUCGUCGCCAAGUGUGGUGAGGACGAGAAAUUUCUUCUGGCCUACGUCAUCUUUAAGCUCAAGUUGAUCAAGGGCAAGUGCAUCAUCUUCGUUAGCGAUAUCGACCGAUGUUACCGAUUGAAGCUCUUCUUCGAGCAGUUCGGAAUCAGGAGCUGUAUCUUGAACUCAGAAUUGCCCCUCAACUCACGAGUGCAUGUCGUGGAGGAGUUCAACCGGAAUGUGUACGACAUUAUCAUCGCCGCGGACGAGAAGCACGCAAUGCUAGGAGAUAAGGAGGAGGUCGAGGAGGAGGAUGAAGCUGAGGAGACGAAAGAAGACGCCAAGAACCCCGAAGAUGGCGAGGACGAUACUGCUGAGAAGGAGACCCCACGCCCGAAGAAGAAGUCAAAGCCUUCCAAGGCCGACAAGGAGUACGGCGUAUCACGAGGUGUCGAUUUCAAGAAGGUGUCAGCAGUCAUCAACUUUGAUCUUCCCACCACUGCUUCAUCGUACACACAUCGGAUAGGAAGGACUGCGCGAGCUGGUCAGACCGGCAUGGCCCUGUCUUUUGUUGUUCCCAAGGAACUCUACCGAAAGCACAUGCCCACGUCAACGGCGACCUCGGAGAAGGAUGAGAAGGUCAUGGCCAAGAUUGUGCGACAGCAAGCGAAGCGAGGCAAGGAGGUGAAGCCUUACAACUUCAAUAUGAAGCAGGUUGACCCCUUCCGCUACCGAAUGAACGACGCCCUGCGUGCCGUCACCAAGGUUUCCAUCCGAGAGGCCCGAACGAGAGAGCUUAGGCAAGAACUGCUCAAGAGUGAAAAGCUUAAGCGAUACUUCGAGGAGAACCCUACUGAGUUGAGUCAUCUGCGUCACGACGGAGAGCUCAGGACGGCGAGACAGCAGGCCCAUCUCAAGCACAUCCCCGAGUACCUGUUGCCCAAGGAUGGUAAGCAGGCGUUAGAGGCAGAUGUGGGCUUCGUGCCUUUGAGGAAAGACCGCAAGGGGAAGGGACACAGGAAGGGCAAGGGAUUCAAGGUGGGCGCCAGGAAACGGGAUCCGCUCAAGACGUUUAAGGCGAGGCGGAAGACAAAAUAGACGAUUCAAAUAGGACAGCGUUUUGGGAUUCAUCGUGUGCGAGAUACCUCGAGGAAUUAAGAAAUGAGCGGGUUUCCUUUUUUGCAAGCUAUUGUUGUCUUCAUUCAAGCCGUGACCUACUAGCCGUUGUUUCAUAGACCAAAUUACCAGCACCUCGAAAACUGAUGCUGUCAACGGA